AUGCACUACCCCGCGCCGCAGGGGCACUUUCUACAGUCUCAGGUGUGCCACCGCUUGGUCAAAGCAUGUGCAUCAGGUGCACUACCACGUUCGGGGGAGGACGGGCGCCUAACACGGUCCUCCCUCCCUCAUCCCCUCUCCUUCUCCUUCCAUCCCGUCCUCCCAUCCCAAUCACCCCUCUCUCAUCCCGAAGUCCGUCCUCCCCACUCUCUCAUCCCCCCCUCUCCUCAUCCAGGUCCCUUCUCCCUUAUCUCAUCCCCUCCACGUCCCCCCUCUCUCAUCCCGUCCUCCCUUCUCUCAUCCCCUCCACGCCUCUCUCAUCCCUCCUCCCCUCUCUCAUCCCCCCCUCCGCUCUCUCAUCCCCGCCUUUCCUCUCAUCCCCUCCUCCCAUCGCUCCUCCUCCUUCCAUCUCUCAUCCCGUCCUCCCCUCUCUCAUUCCCUCCAUCCAUCUCUCAUCCCCGCCUCCCCAACACUCCUCCCCUCCUCCCUUCUCUCAUCACGUCCUCCCCUCCCUCAUCCCCUCCUCCCCGCCUCUUGUCGUGGUGCUCAAUGAGAGACGGCAAUCCAUAG